CCGCGCUCAGGAAGCCACUCAAAUAGAUUUCAACUGGCAUAGCUUAUUCUAUACAACAUCAACAACAACAACAACAACAACAUUCACAACAAGAGCAGCAGCUCUAUAGAUAUACUGUCAACACAGACAACAUACUCUCUCACACACACAGUCAUCAUGUUCUCCAAAACAUUGCUGUUUGCCACAGCGCUCGUCGCCUCUGUUUCCGCCUCGCCUUGCAAGCCCAGCGGUGUUCCUGCUCGCACUCUUCCCUCUACAGGAGGCGUUGACCUGCCAGCACCAAACGCAAGCUGCUCUCCGAGGGUUAUCGCCGUUGGUCAUGGCAUCCAGAACUACACCUGCGCUGACGGCCAGGCAUCACCAGUUGCCGCCGGCGCCCUCGCCGUCCUGUACGACGUCACCUCUCUGUACCCAGGCACGCCCAACACUGGCCUAUCCAAGGAGGCCUUCAACGCCCUGUCCGCCAACACGCUCUGGGGCUCCAACAUCCCCCUGAAUCUCAAGGACCCCAAGGCUGCCAGCCCUGGUACUCGCGCCUCGCCCAACAACGGCUUGCCUCCCUCGUCCUACGGUGCCGUUGUCGCCAACCCCUUCAUCGCCCCUGCCGAUCUGCCCCAGACCAGCGGUGCUUCUCUGAAGUUUCUGGGCCACCACUACUUCGACGCUGGCAGCAACCCCACCUUUGACCUGUCCACCAUGAAACUGCGCUUCUCUGUUGGUCUCAAGCAGUCUGUCGAUGCCCCUGCCAACGCCGAGCGCGGCAUCCUUGACACCGGUGCCGUCAAGUGGCUCCUGCUCAACGACAACGGCAAGGGCCUCAGCAACACCGGCAACAACUCUCAGGUCUACCGCGUCAUCACCGCCGGUGGUGUCGGCGAGGCCUGCAGCAAGAACGGCACCGUGCCCGUUGCCAGUGUGCCGUACACUGCCUUUUACUGGUUCUACACCGAGUAAGAAGGCGAAACUCAUGCCCAUCUUGGCAGUCGUUUCUCCUUUCCUCUUCUCGUCUGUUUCAGUAAUAUGUGCACAGUAUUAGAAGCACCAAACACCAAAAUGCAUUUAAUGUGGCGUUGGGGUCUUUCCUCGCCCUCAUUUUCUUCGUCUCUCGCUCAUAUACAUUGUUCCACUAUUUCUUUUUUUUCGCUUCGGAUCAAGCCUUGCUAGUUCUUCGUGUACAACACUACGGAAAUCAGCAGGUAUAUAUUUUAUGGGAUGGCUUGUUUGUCUUUUUUUUUCUCUUUUUCUUAUGACCGGUUGUUUCUUUUCUUUCGGCUUCGGAUAUACCCAACCCUUGAUAGCAGAGGGUGUGAGGAAUUUUAGUUUUUAAAUUGAUCAUUAUUACUCACAAAACCAA